GUGGCAUGCAAUGCAAAGUUGCCAUGUUUAGGUAGGUUGUUGGAUAGACUUGCACUGUGUUGCCAAGCUCCUUUGCUUUUCCGAGGCAGAGAUAAAUCAAUCCAGUAGUAGUAACGGCAGUUGCCAUUCCGAUCAUUGCAAGCUGCUUUCUCUUUGACUCUUUGUGUACCCUGCAAAAAAGAUGGUGAAACCUACCACAAACGUUCCUUCCUCCAUUGAGUUCUUCAAAGUUUUCCUCUCCAGUGUCAGCUCCCGCCAACUGAGCUUACCUCCGGCUUUUGUCAUGCAAUUGAAUCGACCUUUACUGAAAAAAGCUACUCUUAAAGAUCACAAUGGAAAGUUGUGGGAUGUCCAAUUAGAAAAGACCGAAAGAGACUUGAUUAUUAGAAAAGGUUGGCAAGAAUUUGCAAGUCAUCACUCUUUAGUUGAUGCUGAUUUUCUAGUUUUUAAGUAUGAUGGGAAUUCUCAAUUUUAUGUCAAACUAUAUGGUAAAAAUGGAUUGGAGAAGGAAAAGACUCUGCCUAAUAAUAUGUCCAGCACUCAUAUGGAGGAAUCAGAAACAGAAACAGAAGAUGAGAAGAAUAGGAGCCACUCUAUUAGUGGUUGCAAGCGGAAGUACUCAAACACGGCAUCCAUAGAAAAUCAAAAACAAGGUCGAUCUGGAGGAAGUCGUUCCAAAUUGAGACAGGCUGCAGGUUCAUCUAGAGGACGUCGAUCUAAGUUGAGACAGGCUGCUGGUUCAUCUAGAGGAAGUCAAUCCAAAUUGAGACAGGCAACAGGUUCAUUUAGAGGAAGAAUACACAAAUUAAGACAGAAUACAGUCACAAGAAAUGGUGAAUACAAGAUGGCUAGAGCAUAUGUUACCCCCCAAAAUCCACACUUUGUGACAAUUAUGAGCCGAUCAACGCAAUAUGUUGUGCAUGUUCAUAAGUCAGUGGUGAAACAGCACAACCUUAAAUUGCAGGAAACAAUGACACUUUGUGAUGAGAAUGGGCAGUCAUGGCCUGUGAAUCUCAUUUUCAGAGAUGAUGGUCGGAUACAUAUUAAUGAAGGCUGGCGUAAUUUCCACAGGAAGCACAAAUUAGCAAUCGGGGACAUGUGUAUUUUUGAAUUUAUGCCCACAGAAGAUGACAUUUGCGAUGUACUCCAGGUGCAAAUUGUUCGAAAAAAUGGUGAAUUUGAUGUGGGAGAAGCGUAGCACAUAUCUAGCCCAAUGAGCAAACUCAGCCACCAAAUAUUAAUUGUUGAGUAGUUAUAGAACUUUUUCAAGAAGUAUUUAUUAUAAUAUUAAUACUUGUAGAACAAGCAUAAUUCAUUAAAGAAUCUGAUUCGAUUUCUCAUCCCAACAA